CAACACGCGCUAUCGAUCAACUGACAUCUCUCAAAUAAUCGAUUCAUUUCAAUUUCGAAUUUUAAUAAAAUUAUUCAAUUCGAAUUAUCGAUAAUCGAAUUUCCAAUUCGAAUUUAGUGCGUUCCAUUUUGACAUUCAAAUUGGGAACAUAGUGUCCCAUUUUGGACCAAUUGGAGACAGUGGGAUCCAAUUUUGGAACAAGGGACAUAUAGUGCGUUCCAUUUUUUUGGAAUUUAGUGUAGUGAAGAUAGAAAUUUUCGAACAAACUGCGAUGACCCCAGUGGGACUUCUGUUUAAAGUGAACAGUGAGGGCCUUUUCACGAGUCCAGUGAAUGCGUCCCCGGUGGACUACGCAAAGAUAUAUCCUGAUCCAGAAUCGGAGAAGGCUAUAAUGGGUUCGGUGGUGUACUGCAUCCACCACAAGGAGGGUUGCCAGUGGUCCGAUGAACUCAGAAAAUUGAAGGCGCAUCUAAACACGUGCAAGCACGACGCAGUGCUGUGCGCGGCGCAAUGCGGCGCGAUGAUCCCGCGGGUGCUGAUGCAGGACCACCUGCGGUAUACUUGCCCGCGUCGCAGAGCCAACUGUGAGCACUGUGGCAAGGAGUUCUCCGGGAGCGCUCUGGAGGAGCACAGCGGCAACUGCGGCCACGAGCCCGUGUACUGCGAGAACAAGUGCGGCGCGAAGGUGCAGCGGCGGCACACGCAGCAGCACAUACAGCAGCACUGCAGCAAGCGGCUCGUGCCUUGUAGGCAUUGCGGCCAGCGGUAUACUCAGGACACAGUAGCGGCUCACGGCGCGACGUGUGCCCGCGCGCCGGUGCCGUGCCCGCAGCGCUGCGCCGCCGCGCCCGCGCGCGACGAGCUCGACGCGCACCUGCGGGAACACUGCGCGGCCACUGCCAUGCCCUGCGCGUAUCGAGAUGCGGGCUGCAGGUUUAAGGGUACGCGGCAAGCGCUCGACCGCCACACAGAAGAGAGCUGUCAAGCGCACCUCGCGCUAGUGUGCAGUGUGGCCACCCGCCAGGCGCGCCAGCUCGAAGCCCUGCGCUCCGCCCUCGCGAGACUCGCCCUUAACCAGUCUGGAGCCCUGGUGUGGAGGGUCACGGACUUCGCCGCGAAAAUGGCGGAGGCCAAGUGCAAGGAGGGCGUCGAGUUGAUUUCACCUGCGUUUUAUACGAGCCAGUAUGGUUAUAAGUUACAGGCGUCUCUAUUCCUAAACGGCAACGGUGCCGGGGAAUCCACACACAUGUCCGUGUACAUCAAAAUCUUACCCGGCGAGUACGACGCGUUGCUCCGCUGGCCGUUCGCUCACACCGUCUCUUUCACACUAUUCGACCAAAGCUCCACGCCAGACAGAGCAUGCAAUAUCGUCGAGAGCUUCGUCCCGGACCCCACGUGGAAGAACUUCCAACGACCCUCCAAAGAACCCGACGCGCUGGGCUUCGGCUUUCCCAGAUUCGUCUCGCACGAAAUGCUCAAAAAAAGAAAUUUCGUCAAAGACGACGUCCUCUUCCUCCGGGUCAAAGUCGACCCGAGCAAAAUAGUCGCCGUGUAAACCAAAAUAGUCACUGUUAUUUAGUAUUAGAUAAUUUAAAAGUCAUAGAUGUAACGUGUACAUAGCUAGAUGUAGAUCCGUUCGGAUAGUUGUACCGGCGAGUCGUUCGGCUCGUUCAGAUUUCUAUUCCCGAUUUCCUUUGACUAAUUGGUAAAUGUAAAUACUUAGUUAAGAGCGCGUUCGCUGCAUUGUUAUCCUUUCACUGAAGAUCUCUUGAAUUUCAUUGCCGACGGAUGGACGUAACAAACUGAGCUUGUUUCAAAGAAAAUCGGCUUAAAAUAUUUUUACACUAAUAUUCUGUGCCAUAUAAUUUUAUGAUACACACAUUUUUAUAGGAUCCUGCAAAAAUCGUGUGUUGCAACCGUUUGUUCGUGAGACAUUUUUGGUCGCCUUAACAGAUUAAAAAAGGCGUUUUGAAAAAUGUAUGAACUAGAUUUAUUCAAACAUGUUAUAUAAUAAACUUUGAGACACGUUUAGCUUUGUUAUUCGGCAGAUCUUUGUAUAUAUUAUCUUAUUUGCAUAAUUUAUCUAAAUAUAUAUUUAUUGUAUAUAUAUACAGAUUGACAUCUUCGAAUUGUAUUGUAAAUAUAAAAAAAUAAAGAAAAUCUCGUAUUCGUGUGUUUAACAAGCUGGAGCUAGACCAAAGUGUUUUGAUAACUUUGCGUGAAAAAGAUGUUGUACAUUAUGUGGAGCAAAGUUAUUCAACGCAAAUAAAAGACGGCCAAGUCGUUAACUUUUAUUUUAUGUGUAAGGGUUUGUGUCAAAUGUAAUCUCGUGUAUUCUAAGUUUCACAAAUUCAUUUUCUAAAUUAUACUUUGGAUCUCUAGAGAACGCUUGCUUGAUUUUGAAAAUUAAUCUCAACUGUAAUGUUACAUUCCAGAGCAUUAUUGUAAGAACGACAUUAUAAUAUGUCGUUACAACAUAUUUUGUAUUCCUCUGUAGUCUAAGUAUAAAGACGUAUUUCUUAUAAACGAAGCGUGUAAGCAAGCUUGAAGUCAUGCUGUCCUACUCUAACGCGAUAAAACGCAAUAAAUUAACUAGUGAGCGUGAAAGAGAUAGCAUUACUUCAGGCGGUAUAAUUUACAAUUUUGUUUAUUUUAUACGAGUGUUUUUUCAUUCAGUUCAAUGCCAAUGUCUUACGAUAAGUUUAGGUUCCAAUCUAGAGAUUUAGAUCUAUUAGAUAACCUAGCUUAGAUUUUUAAGUACCUUAUGAAUAAUGACAAUGAGACUAACAAAUGUAGUUUUUAAUUAGUUGUAAGUUGCGUUUACGCAUUCUAUAUGUAUGACGUAUGUACAUGAUAGUUUAUAAGGUGAAAAAUAUAUUUUUUUCUUAAAAUA